UUGUAUUGAUAAAUCAGACAUGUAAACAAAUGUUGGGGUUAUGAAUUUACCACGACCAAAUAAUUAAAAGAGCGAAACGGAAGUUAUUUACUUUCGGAGGGUCUAUCUGAUUUCAAAGCGGAAAAGGAAUAUAUUCCAAAAAAGUUAAGAAUUUAUGACUUCAGUAUUUCAAUUUCCCUUCAAAUAUUAUUUGGACAUUUCAAAGUGCCUAAAUGUGCAGCUAAACAACCGUCUGAUUUAAUCAAGGAACUAUACUGCUGUUACACUGUGAUUCGCAGCUCUUUGUUGCUCGGAUAUGUUUUGGAAAUACUGUAAGAUUAUACAAUAGAUAGUAUAGCGACGCUUGAUUAAAACUCAAUCACCUCUAUUGCCCUUUAUUUUAAAGACGUUUACCAUGUUCGAUAAAAGACAACGCUUUUAAACAAAAUCAUAAAAUGACGUUUUAGCUAACUUUUUCCAAGUUUCACAAAACGGUUUCCAUUUGAAUCUGGAUUUCUUGGGCAAGACUUUUUUCUGUGAGGGUUGGAAUAACAUAAGAGGAUACCAUAGGAGAUACCCGCUCACCAGUACAUAUACACUUUGUAUCGCAACAUGCCGUACAUUAAGAGGUUCGUGGAGCCGGUGGCGCUGUGUCGCUUGGGGUCGGAAGUUGGUGCAAAGGACAAAGGACUAGAUGCGCUCUCAACAACGGAAACGCUGGAGGUGUUCGCGAACGCCGCCCUCGCAAACACGCUCCUCCAGAUUGCCUGUCUGUGGGGACAUGCUCAAUGCAUUUUUGCCGAAUUGCAAGAACAGACGGAGGCGUUUUCUGAGCGGGCAAAGCGAUUGAACGGCCGGGUAAAACAGUUGACAGAGGUGGCGGACACCCUUACAAUGGAUUCUCACGUGCGCGACUCUGUGGAACUUCCGUUUGAGCACGAGCAGGAGAUCGUGACGCCCAGCACGCGCCCGCUGUCCGUCCGCCACCUGUAUAGCCUGGCACGUUCUCCGCCCAAUCUCCACCAGUUCAACAAAUAUGGGCCCAAGGGUGGUGCGGUAGAGAAGCAGUACUCGGACCCCUCGUACUUCCAGGAGCGCUGGCUGGCUCAGGUCCGAGAGGAGAUCAACCAGUACAGGGCCGCACUGACAGAGAAACGGGAACGAGUCGAUGAAAUGACACCCAAGGCGCAUGAGUACACGUUUAGCGAGGUGCCCACGGACGGAAGGCACGUAGCUGGGCGGAUAAUCGCCUACAGCAGCGCACAGAUCAUCGACGACAACAAGGACGGCGGCGGCGGGAAGAAAUCAUCAAAGAAGAAAAAAACAUUAAAAAGUAAAAAGACCCGGGAGAAAACGCACAAGAAGAGCCCGUCCGAAGCGUCCAACUUCAGUCAGAAAAGUGAACAAAGCGUCGCGUCAACGUCGUCGUCUGCGUCUGCUAACGAUGACAAUGGUGGCGAAAAUGCCGUUGCAGAAUGUACUAAAGCACAAGAUAAGAUUAACGAUGGGAACCAGGAUGACACCAAGUCCCCUCAACAUGACGAACACAAUUUGUCAAAAAUUCAUUUUCGAAAGAAGAAAUCGCGUUUUUUCCAUGGAGAAAGUAAAUUUAUAAAUAAAAUAAGGGACACUAAGUCUAAGGUUCUCGAUUCUUUGGACACCGCAGAUGUUGACGUUGAAGUUAAACAUAAACCCAAGCCUCCUGCGUCCCUUUUGAAUAGUGCUGCCGGUUAUUUCCCACCUCCCCCAGAUUUUCUACUGGACUCAGCAGAUCAUAGCAGUAAAUCUCAGUCGGACAUAACAGAUUCAGUUUCGAAUGAUUCCGUAACUAAAUGCAUCUCUAGAAAGUGUUCAACUACAGAAGAUCAUUCAAGCGAUGCUGCAGCAUCCAUUUUGCCAAAACAUAUUGUUACUGACUCGAAUGAUGAUCAGGAUAUAAAAAAUCACCGGCAGGUUUCGACAUUAUCCCAAAACGAAGAAGAACCACUGUACAUAAACCUGCCCUUGGGUGCCAGCGAGAUUUCCAGCCGGCCGCCUCUCUCGCCGGAUGUUCUGGCCGAAGCCACGCAAGCUAAAUCAGACGACAACGCUUCCUUCCCUCCGCCAGGAAUGGCACAGUUUCCGGCACCCCCUUCGCAAUUGCCACCUGAUGAGAAAAGCGGCGAUAGCGGUGAUGUAGGUCUUACGGCGUCAACACGGAUGUCACAGUUCCCUGCACCCCCACCGCCACCGGAUGAGGACACCAGUGACGUGGGCCUUGUGGCGUCAACACGGAUGUCACAGUUCCCUGCACCCCCACCGCCACCGGACGAGGACAGCAUUGACGUUGGCCUUGACGCGUCGACACGGAUGUCACAGUUCCCUGCACCACCACCGCCACCGGAUGAGAACAGCAGUGACGUGGGCCUUGCGGCGUCGACACGGAUGUCACAGUUCCCUGCACCCCCACCGCCAUCUGAUGAGGACAAAAGUGAUGUGGGCCUUGCGGCUUCUACACAGGUUGCACAAUUUCCUGCACCCCCGCCGCAACCUGAUGAGGACAGCAAUGGCGUGGGCCUUGCGGCGUCAACGCAGGUUGCGCAGUGUCCUGCACCCCCGCCACAAAUGCCAGCUGGGGAGAACUUGAAUGGAGAUGAGAGCUACUCGGCAUCCUUACAUGUUGCGCCAACUGUCACCAGUCUGUCUGUGCCAAACCAGGCGGCGCCUCCACCCCCUGCUCCCCUUCCGCCGCCAAUAUUUACCUCAGCCGCCGAGGUUGUCAAAACCGAAAUAAGAACAUCGAAGAAAAACGAUGCUAGAAAACGUGUUCAGUCCACGUUUCUACAUGACGGGGAGGAGAAUAAGCCGCAGUUACGUCAGAAGGCCCGACCAAACAUUUCCCCGCUCUUGCAGGAUAUCCGUGCAAGGGACAAGAAGCUUCGCCACGUUUCAAUAAUACACGGCCACAGGAAACACAAGCACAAGGCGACCGGCGUAGAAGCCAUACUGUCGAAAUUGAUGGACAUGAGGAGAGACGCUAUUGACCCGGGAACUGACUCUUUCUCUGACGCCGAUUAUGACGAGGACGAAUGGGAAUAAGUCGGAGUGGUGAACAUACGCCAGUCUCACGCCGUUGAACACAGUCUACGCCAACAGCAUCAAAUGAUACAUUGCUGCACGUGUUAACGACCAAAUAGAAAGGACACACAUAUUACAUGAUAGCUUGAUACCAAAUGCCCUAAAAGAAGUUGCAAGGAGAAGCUGUACCUUAAAGCUACAUGUACAUAAUUCUCCGACCACCUCUGAAAACGAAGAAGUCUUUUACCAGCGAUGCAUUCAUAUCAGUAGCUUUCUUGAGUUGUAACAAACAGGAAAGAUAUAUCAUACUAUCUCUUGCAAAACGACCAAUGUAGACAGAAGCAAAAGGGACUUUAGACUGGUCUCCAUCAUGGGUGGGUAUUUUGCACUUAUGCUUUGGGUGGGGGUGGGGGUGUGUGUAACAGUAUGAUGUUAUGUUUGUAUUAUACUACAUGGAUAAUCUUGCUGCCAUAUUGACAUGAAACGUUCGCUUGCCGGAAAUGUUUAGUGGGUGAGAGUGUCUAUAUCUAUAAAUGCAAUUGCAUAGGCAGCCAUGUUUAACAUUUUGUGAAAUUAAAUUUAUGUCCAUGAAAGUGAUUUAGAAGAAAGUCUCAAAUAUUUCAUACAUUUAAUAUAUUCCAUAAUGACUAACUAAAUCAUAAUACUGAAGCAAUAGCACUAACACAUUUUUAACAAGUAUCACAGAAGGGGGGUGGGGUAAAAUACAUUUUAAUUAUAACUAAAGGCAGUAUUGCAACUAGUGAACUAAUUCUAGACAUAUUAAAUCAAGAUUAUCCAUUUAAUUUACAUAUCAUAAACAUGAACUGCAACAAGCAAAAACGGAUCUUAUUUUAAAUAUGACGUAAUUGAUAAUAACGAAAGGGAAAAGAAUGACAUCAUAUAGUUGGUAGUAAUCUAAGAAAGAAUGUUGGCCCCAAUGGCGAGUGUUUUUAAGGUGGUAUCUUUAUUUACAUUUCAUUUUUGUGUAAGACAUAUUUGAUAUUUUUUAUGUUAUAAACUGACAACUAAAAGUUCGCACACAAGAAACAACAUAUUGUGUUUCUAUAUGUUGUAAACCCGACUUCAUAAAUUAAUAUUACUUGACUUGACUAUAAAAAGGCCCAUUUCUGCUUGACACAGUACAUUAUAACUUAUUUUUUUAUACAUUG